CUGAGCAUCGCAAGGACAAACACUGUGUGUGAGAGAGUGUGUGUGUGUCUGAGAAUGACGCUUCUCCAUCAGCUCCCAGCUCAGAUUACCUUGAAUUGUUGACAUUGACACUCAGUCAGGACAACCCAGGAACCAAGGAGAUAGCAGAGCCUGUAUGUCUACCUAGGAAACCAGAGAGACCCACGAAUCAGCAUCCAAGCUCUGUUGCUGGGUUAUUGGAGGAAAAUAUCUGCAGAUGUCCUAGUCUGAUUUUGGAGGGGUUAAUGUGAUCUGGCUUCCUGAUUUCACGAAAACACCUGAUGCAAAUCCACCAAGACAGAAACAAAUAGAAGGAUUCUAGAGCACUCCAGACACUCAGAAUGUCAGACAAUCCAAAUACCAGGAUUCUAGAACGCCAGAUUCUACAAACAGCAGCAUUCUAGAAUGCUAAAUAACAAAGAUUUUAAACACCGGGCUCUCCAAAUAACAAGAUUCUAGAACGCUAGGCUCUCUAAUUAACGUGAUUCUAGAGUAAAAACUCCAAUAUUGUCUCUGGUUUUGAGCAAAAUAAGUUUUCACUCUAGAUUUCGGUUUUGGUGCUCGUAACUAAGAACCAUUUGUUGAUUCUGCAUUAGUGACCAGAUAGUAAGGGAGACUCGUUUUUUCGAACAGCAGAUGGUUUCAUUUUUUUUAAAUUUUUGUUUAUUUUGGUUGUUGUUGCAAUUAGAUGUUCAUUGUGAAUAGAAUGGCUAUUUAAGCAGGUAAAGCCACAGUUCAGUACCUGAAAAGGAAUGAUUCAAUCUAGAUCAGUGUCUGCAACCAGAAAGCACUUUGUUUAGGAGUUACUGCGGUGCAUGAGAAAGGUUACACAGCUGAAAAAUAGGAUUCAGGUACCAGGAAAAGCAGUGACCUAGAGGGAAUUUGUAUAGUGCCUGUAAAACAUCACAUUCGGCACCUGCCAAGCAUCCUAAUUACUCUCCAUCCAGAAACCAAGAAAACAUCCUACCGUAUGAAUACCUGGGAAGGAUUGCACCCCACCCACUAAAAACAUUCUGAAAGGAAGCCAAACUAAGUCCUCCCUGAACAAGUACAAGCCCUUUCUCAGCCCAUAGAAAGGAAUGUGAGUUGUUCUCCAGAGGGGAUGUUUAUUUUCCUCUGUGUCCCCUGAUUGCCGACUGAAUUCUCCAAUUGCCUGAGACAAUUCUCCUCCAUCAUUCCAGGCACUCCCCUUCUAAGCGCUGAGCUCUCUGCAUCUCUCUCCUCCUCUCCUCCUUCUGUCACCUGUUGGAAGGUCGCCGUGGGGUCCUUGUUGUCUCCCACCCCAGACAGUCUCUCUGGAGGACCCUGAGACUGUCCAGAGGGGUCUCACCCGGAGAGAUCUAUGAUUAGUUCGGUGUGUGUAUCCUCCUACCGUGGGCGCAAGUCUGGGAACAAACCCCCCUCCAAAACAUGUCUGAAAGAAGAGAUGUCCAGAGGGGAAGACUCCGGCAAGAUCACCAUAAACGUUGGGGGCACGAGGCAUGAGACCUACAAAAGCACCUUGAGGACCUUGCCUGGCACCCGCCUGGCAUGGCUGGCAGACCCGGAGACAUCCAGCACAUCAGAGACAGACACUCAACCCAACGAGUUCUUCUUUGACAGGCACCCGGGGAUCUUCUCCUACGUCCUCAACUACUACCGGACUGGGAAGCUGCACUGUCCGGCCGAUAUUUGUGGACCUCUCUUCGAGGAGGAACUGGCUUUUUGGGGGAUAGAUGAGACGGACGUGGAGCCCUGUUGCUGGAUGACCUACCGCCAGCACCGAGACGCCGAGGAGGCUUUGGACAUCUUCGAGAACGUGGAACCGGAGGAUGGAGAUGGGGAGAAAGAUUCCACCCCUGAGCUGCUCUGCAUGGAGGACAGGCCGGACAGAUCCAAGAGCUGCUGGAAGCGGUGUCAGCCUCGCAUGUGGGCACUUUUUGAAGACCCGUACUCAUCCAGAGCUGCCCGGAUGGUGGCCUUUGCAUCCUUAUUUUUCAUUCUUGUUUCGAUUACAACUUUCUGCUUGGAGACUCAUGAAGCAUUUAUUGUGGCAAGAAAUGUGACAGAAGUGGUAACAGAAGGUAACAUUACAGAGAUUGUAGUAGUAACAGAGGUUGAAACAGAACCUGUUCUCAACUAUAUUGAGGGUGUUUGUGUGUUUUGGUUCACCUUGGAGUUCCUUGUCAGGAUCAUCUGCAGCCCAGAUAAAAUUGUCUUUGUGAAGAACAUGUUGAAUAUAAUAGACUUUGUAGCCAUACUCCCAUUUUACCUGGAGAUGGCCCUUAGUGGGUUGUCCUCAAAAGCAGCAAGGGAUGCCUUGGGCUUCCUACGGGUUGUACGCUUUGUUCGGAUUUUACGUAUCUUCAAACUGACUAGGCAUUUUGUGGGUCUGCGGGUUUUGGGACACACUCUUCGGGCCAGCACUAAUGAGUUCCUCCUUCUCAUCAUUUUUUUGGCUUUGGGUGUCCUCAUAUUUGCCACCAUGAUUUACUAUGCAGAAAGAUUAGGUGUAGAAACUACAGACCCCAGUCUGAUGAAGAAAAUACAUUUCAAGAACAUUCCAAUAGGGUUCUGGUGGGCAGUGGUUACAAUGACCACAUUGGGUUAUGGAGAUAUGUAUCCACAGACAUGGUCUGGUAUGUUGGUGGGUGCCCUUUGUGCUCUAGCUGGGGUUCUCACUAUUGCCAUGCCUGUUCCAGUAAUUGUGAAUAAUUUUGGGAUGUAUUACUCACUGGCUAUGGCUAAACAAAAGCUCCCAAAGAAGAAAAAGAAACAUGUCCCAAGACCAACUCAGUUAGACUCUCCAACUACUCUUAGGUCGGAGGACAACUCACAUCAUAACAGCACCCAAAGUGACACCUACCCCCUGGCUGCAGAGGAAUUAACAGAGAAGAAGAGAUCAGAUUCCAAACAGAAUGGUGAUGCCAACGCAGUUAUGUCGGAUGAAGAUCAUGGAGACCCACCACAGUUCCUUCCACUCGAAGAAAAGCAAAUAAUGAGAUGUGCAAGUGCCAAAGACAAAACAAAGUCAGCAGCCUCCUGCUUUCUACUAAGUUCUGGAGAGUUUACGUGUGCUGCAGAUGGUGGAAUACGAAAAGGUAUGAGAGAUAUGGACAUAGAGAUGGACUCACAGAUUCUCUUAGGUUCUUCAUAAAAUAAAUAUAUCCGAGUGAUCACGAGCUAGAUGUAUACCAUGUCUCAAAAUAUUUCAUAGUCUUCCCACAGGAAGCAAAUACAACCUACAUAGGUGAGGUGUUAACAGUCUGUCUCUAUCACCUGUUCGAGUGGUAAAAAUGGUCGCGCUUCUUCGUAUCUCUUACCUCUGUUAAACUAAAAAUGAAAAUAUAUUUCCUCUGUUAAAAACGUAACAGUAUGCAUUGUAUUGCC